CUCCCGGUCCCAGCUGGUGAGAGCGGCUUGCGUUGGCCUUGUGGCGUGGGUGCACGGCUUCUCCAGCAAAGGGAAGAAUUAAAUAUUAUGAGUAGUUCUGGAUUAGAGACCUUGUGGAUCCAAAAGAAUAAGUCGUUGGGUUCUUGUUGAGAAUGCUGUUUUUUUUAAUUUCCAUUUUCUCAAGACCAUAAAGUAAAUGCUGCUUUUCAUCUGUCUACAUUACCGGUCUGCGCAUCAUGUAGGCCCAUUGCCCAUGGAAGCCAGAAGAGAGUGUUGAUGCCCUGGAACUGGAGGUACAAAAGGUUGUGAGCUGUCAUAUGAUUGCUGGGAAUCAAACUUGGGACUCGGGAAGAGCUGCCAGUGUUAACUGCUGAGCCAUCUCUAGCUCAGGGAAACAGAAUUCCUUUGAAAAUCCAUUUAUGACAGUUUGGAGGUACCAAGUAAGAAAGUAAUAUAUAUGAUGCUGGAAAUUUUUAAACACAAACUGCUAAUGAAUGAAAGGCUUAAAAUAGAUACAUUUUUGAAGUUAACAGAAAAAUGACUGUGAAAACAGGGAUCAAGAAGACUGAUGGAAAACCACUUAGGAGGGAACCAUAGAAGAUGUACACUUCAGAAGAGAAAUGUAACCAGAGAACUCAAAAAAGGAAGAUAUACCAUGUAUGCCCUCAGAAGGGGAAAAAGAUUUAUAUUCAUGUGCAUGAGAUUACUCAAAUAGAUAAUCAAACAUAUCAGUGCCUUGAACGUGAACAAAACUUAGCACGAAUGUGUGAGAGAACAUACUCUGGGGAGAAACCUUAUAGAUGUGAUAUGUGUGAGAAAACCUUCAUCCAAAGUUCAGAUCUUAUUUCCCACCAGAGGAUCCAUAAUUAUGAGAAACCUUAUAAGUGUAGCAAAUGUGAGAAGAGCUUUUGGCACCACUUAGCCCUUUCAGGACACCAGAGAACACAUGCAGGUAAAAAGUUUUAUACCUGUGACAUCUGUGGCAAGAAUUUUGGUCAGAGCUCUGAUCUGCUUGUCCACCAACGAAGCCAUACAGGUGAGAAACCUUAUCUGUGUAAUGAGUGUGAUAAAUGCUUCAGUCGAAGUACAAAUCUCAUAAGGCACCGAAGAACUCACACAGGUGAGAAACCGUUUAAGUGUCUGGAAUGUGAAAAAGCUUUUAGUGGAAAAUCAGAUCUUAUUAGCCACCAAAGGACUCAUACUGGUGAAAGGCCCUACAAAUGCAAUAAAUGUGAGAAAAGUUACCGACACCGGUCUGCCUUCAUUGUGCAUAAAAGAGUUCAUACUGGGGAGAAGCCGUAUAAGUGUGGUGCCUGUGAGAAGUGCUUUGGCCAGAAAUCAGACCUUAUUGUACACCAGAGAGUCCAUACAGGUGAGAAACCAUAUAAAUGCUUGGAGUGUAUGAGAAGUUUUACUCGCAGUGCCAACCUAAUUAGGCACCAGGCAACUCACACUCAUACUUUCAAAUGCCUUGAGUAUGAGAAAAGUUUCAACUGUAGCUCAGACUUUAUUGUACAUCAGAGAAUUCAUAUGGAAGAAAAACCACAUCAAUGGGCUAUGUGUGAGAGUGACUUCCUCCUAGGUAUGGACUUCGUUGCCCAGCAGAAAAUGAGGACUCAAACAGAGGAACUCCAUUAUAAAUAUAGUGUAUGUGAUAAAAGCUUUCAUCAUAGCUCAGCCCUUCUUCAACAUCAGACAGUGCACAUUGAUGACGACUACAUCUGUGAUAUGAGUGAAAAAGGGCUUGAUCUCAGCUCUCGAGCAUCGGAAACCUCACGGAUGUCUUGACAAGAAGUCACAUAACCUUAAAAAUAUAUUUACAUAUCAGAAUUCAAUAAAAGAAAGACUCCUAGGUAAAUUUCAAGAUUUCCUUUAGAUCUCAGACUUCCUUGGAGUCCAGAGAAAGAGUCUAUAGUCUUUGGACUGUAAGAAAAGCUUUAACGCAGAGAGUGGCCUUGCCAGGUUAUGUUUAUUAGCCACACUUGUGCAGAACUCCACAAAUGCUCUGGGUUUUGGAAAACCUUCCUCAAGAUUCAUACAGGUAGGAAGCCUCACAAAGUAGUAUGAGAGGUCUCCAGCAGUGUUAAGUCCUCUAAUUUUUACAAGACAAUUCACACCAGAGAACGACCAUAUAAAUAAAUGUUUUGUAUUGGCAGUACGUCACACAGUAUGUACGCCUUAUUGGAAAGUUCACCUGAGAAGAAGCCCCAGACAUUACAGGAGAAAGCUUCUAAUAGAACUCUGACUUUCUUACCCCUCAGAGAAGUGGUACUGGGGUAAAUGGGUAUUUUAAUGUGGCAAAAACACGUUGGAGAGUCAUACUUGGGUUUGCAUCCUCCUAGACAAAAAUCAGAGGAACAAUAAGUGUCUGAAUGAAGAAAGCUUAUUAAUUUUCAACUCUUGGGGCACACCAGGGAACUCACAUUAGUGAAAACCCAUAAAUGCAUUGUGUCUGAGGAGCUAGAAAGAAGCUCUUGUCGAGUCAGGCCCCAGAGGACGAGUUCUGUGGAGUUGUUCCAGUAAGAGAUCUAAUUGUGUGAGAAUCUGUAUAUAUACUGUGUAUGCAAAGAGCUGUUCUCAUAGUUGAACCACAUUGUCCGAAAAAAAAAAAUGAAAAAACUAGAGUUGUAUGGAAAUAAUGUCUUAGCAACCCAAAAGCUUUUCUGGAGGAGCUGGGGCAGGUCAGCGUGGAUCUGGAGGGUAACUCAGGUAAAGAUGCUUUUCUUUUGUCUCAACCACUUAAUGAUUGCUUUAGUUUCUCUUUAAAAGUUUCAUAAAUCCAAUAAAGGAAAGAACUAUAAUCUUGUGUAUACUUA